AUGGGAUAUAUCCUUGUUCUGGCAUAUCUUACGGAAAUGUUGCAAGUUGCAACAAUCCCAAUAUGAAGAUAUUGAGGCUGUGCGAACUACGCUAAACGACAUUCAUCAUUCUCCAAAGCCUUUUAUUAGCAAAGAAGAUUAUGCUAAGUAUGCCGGUAAUUUCAAGACCUUCAUUACGAACACAUUGAAGUACAUAGAUGAUCAAGACUUAAAGGCAGUCAUAAACAAGCAAGUAGCUGACGCAGAGCUACCCGUAAGCGAACAAGAGCACAUUGAUGAAGAACAUAAGCAUAGUGUUGACCUUCAAGAGAUGAAGGGAUUGUAUAAGACAAUGCCACCAUAUCAAGCCAGCUUUACACUACGGCAAGACUGUAGUCCAAAUGACGAAAAGAAAAUAUCUCAAGUCUCAAGACUUUUUGGAGAAGAAAUGGGAAAGAAACGCAUAAACUUGCCGGAAGAUACAUAUGAAGCACUGAAAGAUGACGUUGGUAGUUUUGGUCAGCGUUUUCAAGAGAAAAAUAGGUAUCGGUCGCUGCCGAUGGAGGCAGAGAAAGACAACAUUCAAACAACAAAACAAUCAUUCGAAACCUUAGAUAAGGAGCAGUUUCCUCCAGAAAAGGCAGAAGUGGACAUUCGUUCAAAAAAUCAAAGUUUAGAUGAAGCCCUAAUGCCGAAAGUGACAAUUACAUGGAGAGAUUGUUUACAAAGAAGGGAUGUAUCAGCAGCAAUGACGUUAAUCCAUCAAGGCGUUACGCCUGACUCGUAUUCUACAUUUAAGCAAGCAAUUCAGUUGCUUUCGUCGGCGAACGAAGCUCAGAGAGAUUUGUGUAAAGUGGUAUGUGACAACAUACAGCAAUUCCGAAAAGCUGAAAACAUGUAUGUCGUUUUUGACUAUACGUCUCAAAAACCUUUGCUUGUAGCUAUACCACUAUCCGACAAUAAGGACAUAUUGGGGUACCCCUUGCUUUCAAAAGAUAAGAAUGCCAUUGGUGACGAAGAUCGAAGUGUGAGAGAAGAGGAAAUAAAAAACAAAAAACGUAUUCUAACCAGAGAGUCCGAAACAAAAAUGAACGCUGCUAUACGAAGUGCUCAAAGACGUUUUCACGAGUGGCCGAAUUUUUCAAGAAUAUCGCACAGUUUUUACAGAUCUAAAGGAUAUAACACCGAUGAAAGUAUACUGGAAGAAAAGGAAUGCAUUGUCUUGUACGUUUUUGUCAAGGGAUUGAUUCCAAUUGGUUGGGAUCCCUUUCCUAAAGAAUUUGAAGGAUAUGAAGUUGAUGUCAGAGAAUCAAUGCCCAUAAUGCUGUUCCACAAGCCAAUCAGUUCUGAGAUGUUAUGCAGUCAUUGUGGAACGCUUCAAAGUCCAGUACCUGGGCAUACUGAUGAGCUUCUUGCGAUGACUGCCGGGCACGUCUUUCUUUCUACAGAUGAAAUAGAAGACAAAACAAGACCGGUUUAUGCAAGUAGAAAGAGUAAAGGGUAUCGGCAAUUACCGGAGAAUUCAGAUAUUGAAAUUGCUUUUGGAAAUGUUCCGAUAAAUAUGGAAGGUGACGAAGCAUUUGCUGAUGUAGCAGUCGUUCAGUUAAAAACGUCUUUAGCACGAAUACUUACGGAAACACGGUGGAAUGACCUAGGUUUUAGAAGAGAUCCUAUAAUUGACUUUCAUACAGAGAAAUGUAUCGAUGUAUAUAACGGUGACAUCGUCAUGAAAUAUGGAGAAAGCACACAACUAACUCUAGGUCGAGUAAGAUGCACUUGCAAUGGGUAUAAAGAUAGACUCAAUAUGAUCGAGAUAGAACCAUAUUACAAGAAUAUGAAGUUUUCUGAGCCAGGAGAUUCGGGUGCGUAUGUGUAUGUUCUAAAUAAAGACAUUCUUGGAGAACAAACUCUGAAUGAUGAACGUUUUACUGGGGGAAAAGAUGCUUUUCUUAUAGGAAUUGUCCAAGCUGGAAAUGAAGAUACCUUUUAUUGCACAAAUAUGAUUGCAAAUCUUGUGGGAUUGCGACUAAAAACCAGGCCAACUUUCUCCUCCGAGGCUUACUUUACUGGGAAGAAAAUUGGAGAAGACGAAGGUAACGACGUUGAUGACGUCGAUGAAGAACGUAAUCAGUGGGGAUCUCAGGAUGACAGUUCGUGAUGAAGCCAACGUCGUCGGGGCGUUAUACGGAUGAAGUGUUCUUCGCAAAGGUUAUUCGAAGAGAACUGGGACAAACGAUCGCUAAUUAUACCCUGUUUAAGUUGAGCCUGUACGACUUCGAACCCAAUACUCGCAAGAUCUCCCGCCAAUUUUGCCGCACAUUAUUCCUAGAAAUCAAGAGGCAGCUUAAAGGACAUCGUUUUCAUUCCCUCCAUUAACUGCAAGUAAAGGUGUACAAUUAGAUAUCCACGUUCUGAAGGGAUUGGUAUUUGGACGAUUUUACGCUGUCGAUAAAACGCAAUGAAAAGUGUGUCUGUGCUUGUGCAAAAGACUCCAAAAAUAUGAGCGCAACGUCAAUGACGUUAUUGGCUUGCGCCGGUCGGGUUCAAUCAUAUGCCGCUAGUUCAGCGAAACAUACAUGUAUUGUUAUGAUUAUCCACAACACUUUCAAGAAGAUAUUCGUGAAUGUUUUGUAUGUAAGGUUUAUAGAUUCUGUGUGCACUAAUAUUUGAUUUAUUUGAACCCUCGUAGGUAUAUGAUUUUAGAUAUAAGCACAUAAUUGAUAUACGCGUGGUGUAAUACAAUGAAACAGUAAUUUGUUUAAUUUAUUUUUCAGUCAUGUCAAUGAAAAAAAUGUAUUUUGGAAAUGCUUUAUUUUUUUAUUUCAAAAGAGAUACUAAAAUAAGGACUUAAGUGACUUAAGUUAGGAAAUGACUUGGGAAGUUUUAUGAUACCGCCCAGUAUCAGACUAAAGGUGUUUACUUAGAAACAGCUCGUGUUACUCGUCCCAUUUAACAGGCCAACUUAUAGGCCCAGUUUUUUUAAUUUCAUUUUGGACCAUGAAUGAUUAAAGUGUCAACUUACUAUGCCUAAGUCCGGAUGAACUUAUUAUAGAAGGCAUAUGUAUUCUAAGAAAUACUAAAUCUUUACAACAUUGUUGAUAUAUUCUUGAAUAAAACUUUAUCAGUGCCAAAACUAUCUUUUUAGUUGUACACUUUUUAGUACACUCUAAAAUUUUGAAAAUAUAUAAUGUAUUAAUUCAACCAAAUAAAUAGAUAUUUAUUCAAUCCAUUAAAAACUUUCGUUCAAUUUUUGCCAUGUGAUUUCGGAGGCUAUUCAGCGGAAUUUUUAAAUAGGAACGUUUGGCUAUUGCUCAGUAGGAUUUACUAUAUGGUUCAAAACAGUUACUUUACAAACUCUCGUGAUUGUAAGUAAACACUACUCGUGCCUCGCGCUCAAAUAACUCGUUUUAUGGGUGGAGUAACUUUAACAACUUGAAAUAAAAAUAUGAAUCUCUGACACAGAGCAAUUAGAGCGUCUUCAUCACGCAGUUAUGUGUACGUCGUAGAAUAAAUGUGUGUUGUCGACUGGACAUAUGUUAAAAUUAUGAUGUGCGCAAUGCAAAUUAGUACGCUCUUUCAUGAUGAACGGUUAGAACAUCUAUGAAACACGAGGAAAGCGUUUAAUGCAACAAUUUGUCUACCAGUACACGUAUAACGAGAUAUUUCGCAAACAAUAGUUUAGACCAACUGCAACGUUGACGUGUACUGGCAGCUACGCGUACAAGUUCAAGUAGUAUUUCGUAAUUAACCACGAGCAUGCAUUAGUUGUUUUUUAUACUUAAUGUACCAUAUUCAUAUUUUGAAAUUGUUGACUAGCUUGAAAUGUACAGAUAAUCGUUUUUUCGUUGAAGUGAUUUUUAAAUUAAUUCAUUAAAUUGAUAUCAUAUGUACUUAUAUUUAUUUGUGUGAUAUAAACAUGACAAACUGUUUUGCCGUAUUUCAAUAAUGAUAAUGCGGAUGCGUCUUGAAUGUUAAUGUUUGUGUCUGUGAUAAGCAAUAUUUUUAGUCGUCUGUGUUUUUCAGCUGUGAUAAAAUCAGAAUGGUUUAUUCUUUCGUAGCUGCCUCCACCUUAACAACGUGAUUCAUUGUAGAACACGGUAUUUCUACCGUGUAUGACCUAAUCAUAAUUGUGCAUUGUUGUGUGGGCCAAUGACAAUCGAAGAUUUUUUAAAAUUAUUUGUUCCUCAAUUGUACAUACAUCGACUCUGACAAAUACACAAGAAAACACUAAAAAAAGUUAGAGUGCGAUAUUGACGAUAUACAGAAAACAGAGCGGGCUACCUCGACCUACCUUGGUGGUAAAAUAUUCUGACUGAAAUAUAUUCUUUGAAACUGUUUUUGAUGCAUUCUUCAGAAUCAAUUUAGGUGAAAUUUAUAAACAGAGAAUUUAAAAAUCCCCGACUGCCAUUGGUCCACACAACAAUGCAAACACCAAGUGUAUGCUUCAUUUUGUUUAAAUUUAACUUGAUGCAUUUUUUAUUAUCAUGUUAUGAUUAAAACAAAACAAAACAAAUGAUUUUUGUACAGAUAAAAAGUAUUAGCCUUUUUAAAUGGUUUUCUAAUUAAAAGCACCGUUGCCAUAACUUCCCCUAUAAAAAAACGACAACACAUCGCCAUUUUUGUUAGGUCUUUUUAACAUUUUUAACAAGUGUUUCAUUAAAGUACCUUUAAACGCUUUUACAAUAUUAAGUAUGAUGGAAGUCUAUUAUGAAAGAAAAAAGAGAGAGAAAAAAUCGGUUCUAUAAUCUGUACAGAGAUACAUAUGUAACCUGGAUAAUGAAUUAUGUAUUUGCCUCUUUAUUUAAGCUAUUUUACAUUUGUGUUUUUACUUUGUUGUUAUAUUUAUUUAC